GCGUGACGUAUAAUCUAGUGGACGGUUCUUCAUAAACAGCUCGUCAACCACCUCGGUAGCUUGCUAGCCAACAUAGCCGAAAGAUUCAAGCUAUUUAUACGCUUUCGGUGUAUAUUACCGACUGUGUUUUCGACACACUUAGGUCGUAUCUACUUGUUAACCUAUUUCAUUUAAUAUUACGUUAUUUUGUAUUAGUCAGCUAUAGUAGCUGGCUGGUUAAGUUAGCACUAGCCUAGUCGCUAAUGAUAGCUAGCUAGCUAACAUCCCCGAACAUGAGCUCCCUAAACUACUCCACUCUCGUUGAAGAAGAGGUGAUCUGCUGGGCGGAGAAAGAAGCUUUGGGGCUGAACAUUGUCGUGAAAGAGGAGAAGGAAGAAGAGGAUUUCACAGUAAAACAAGAAGUAGAAGGUGAGGCUGUUACAGUGAAAGAAGAAGAGAAAGACGUUACAGUGAAAGAAGAGGAAGACGUUACAGUGAAAGAGGAGGAUGAGGAAGAGAAAGAAGUGGAUGUAGUUUAUGGAGUGAAGGAGGAAGGGGAGAUUACUGUCACAUUGAAAGAUGAAGAGGAGAUAGGAGAUCUGAUUAAAACCAGAGAGAUACGGGACUAUCGUGGAUCCUCUGGGGAGCCUCAACAACCUCAUGAUGCUGACGAGGCAGAGAAGAGUCUCUCCCGAUCAGAACGCCUCAAUAAACACCAGCAGAGAUCCACAGGGAAGAGAACUCACUGCUGCUCUGACUGUGGGAAGAGAUUCACCUCAUCAGGCAUUAAAAUUCAUCAAAGGAUCCACACAGGAGAGAAAUCUAAUAGCUGUGAUCAAUGUGGGAAGAGUUUUACUACAUCUGGCUCUCUGACAGUACACCAGAGAAUACACACAGGAGAUAAACCUUAUAGCUGUGAUCAAUGUGGGAAGAGUUUUGUUACAUCUAGCAAUCUGACUAUACACCAGAGAACACACACAGGAGAGAAACCUUAUAGUUGUGAUCAAUGUGGGAAGAGUUUUGUUACAUCUAGCAAUCUGACUAUACACCAGAGAACACACACAGGAGAGAAACCUUAUAGCUGUGAUCAAUGUGGGAAGAGUUUCACUACUUCUGGCUAUCUGACAGUGCACCAGAGAACACACACAGGAGAGAAAUCGUAUAGCUGUGAUCAAUGUGGGAAGAGUUUUUGUCAGUCUAGUGAUCUGACAGUGCACCAGAGAACACACACAGGAGAGAAACCUUAUAGCUGUGAUCAAUGUGGGAGGAGUUUUACUACAUCUGGCUCUCUGACUUUACACCAGAGAACACACACAGGAGAUGAACUUUAUAGCUGUGAUCAAUGUGGGAAGAGUUUUGUUAAAUCUGACCAGCUCACAGUACACCAGAGAAUACACACAGGCGAGAAACCCUAUAGCUGUGAUCAAUGUGGGAAGAGUUUUACUACAUCUGGCUCUCUGACUGUACACCAGAGAACACACACAGGAGAGAAACCUUAUAGCUGUGAUCAAUGUGGGAAGAGUUUUGGUCAAUCUAGCCAGCUGACUGCACACCAGAGAACACACACAGGAGAGAAACCUUAUAGCUGUGGUCAAUGUGGGAAGAGUUUUGGUCAAUCUAGCCAGCUGACAAUACACCAGAGAACACACACAGGAGAUAAAUCUUAUAGCUGUGAUCAAUGUGGGAAGAGAUACUCUGGUAAAAGAUCUCUGAUCAAACAUCAGAAAAUACAUGAAGGAGUUUUUUCAUGAUAUCAAUUAAAUAAUUAAAUGAUGUCACAAUGUAGAUUACUGGAAUCACAAUGCAACACUUCAAACUGUUUCUGCAUAUUGGUUAUUGAUUUGGACACGUUAAAACUGUGUUUUGACAUUGCACUAUUCCCAUUUAUCAAAAUGUCAUUCAAAAGACGUUGAAAAUAAGACUAUCCUCGACGUCCAAUAUAUUUUCGGUUGUAGUUGAAACUGAAAGUUGAAAAGAUGUCUUUUCGGGUCGUUUUUUCAAUGACUUGAAAACAGCUUAAUUUCAACAUACUUAUACACCUAUAAUGAAUUUUUAUUAACAAUCUGACAUCACUCCAGUAUUUCUUUACAACAUUCAAAUGCUAAUUGUCUUUAUUCCACUACUGAAGAAGCAUGACUCAAAUCACCUCAUAUAUUCAAACAUUCAGCCUGACAAAAGAUACAUGUUUUAUUAUUCCAUGCCUCACCAUUAAGUUAAUUAUUGCCAAUACUAAUAACAAAGGAGUGUACAUUUGGUUUUGAUAUUUCAUAUUAUGUAACAUUUAGUAAUCAUAGUUAUUCAUGCAACCAACUUGACAUUUUUGGGUCCAAUUAUAUUGACAUUGUUACCCUGCUUUUAUAUCCAACAACAUGCCUAUCUAGUGAACCCUGAAAAGAGGGAGAAGCUCCGCAGUGAGGUGGAAAGUUACUACGGAUAUCGCAGGAGUUUCCUCUUGAAAUCAGACAUGUCCGUGGUAAGGACAACUUGGUUGCUGAUUAUCUCAAGGGUGGGCAGUCAAAUAGAUUUGUGUUUUGCAUUUAGCCAGUGAGUUACCAUGAUCACAAUUUAUUUUGACACGUUUUUCUGUGUUGUAUAUUAGUUUUAUCUCUUAUUCUUUUCUGUAUAUAUUUUUUAAACUGCACUGUUGGGGGCUCGUAAGUAUGAGUUCCAGUGUUGUAUCCAGCGCAUGUGACUAAUACAAUUUGAUUUGAGUUUUGUUUGGGCUCGUUCCAAGGGGACGAGAGUUCUAGAAGCUAGUGAGUUUUAGGAAGACGAGAGUUCUAGAAGCUAGUGGGUUUUAGGAAGACGAGAGUUCUAGAAGCUAGUGGGUUUUAGGAAGACGAGAGUUCUAGAAGCUAGUGAGUUUUAGGAAGACAAGAAUUCUAGAAGCUAGUGAGUUUUAGGAUUCUAUAGAAAGAAAAAGUAGAAAAAAAUAAUACGAUUGUAUAUCAUUAUUUAGAAAUAUGUAUUUUUUUCUUGUUUUUAAAUGUUGACAGCCAGUAGACACCAUGUUUAUAUUGUAGAAGGUGAAGCAUUGUAGAUGAUUAUGUGAAAUGGAAGUUGUGGAGAUACUCUGAAUGAUUGGCUAUGAAAAGCCAACUGACAUUUACUUCUGAGGUGCAGAUCUGUUGCAUCUUCAACAACCACUGUGAUUACUGUGAUUAUUAUUAUUUGACCAUGCUGGUCAUUUAUGAACAUUUGAACAUCUUGGCCAUGUUCUGUUAUAAUCUCCACCCGGCACAGCCAGAAGAGGACUGGCCACCCCUCAGAGCCUGAUUCCUCUCUAGGUUUCUUCCCAGGUUCUUGUCUUUCUAGAGAGUUUUUCCUAGCCACCGUGCUUCUACACCUGCAUUGCUUGCUGUCAGGGGUUUUAGGCUGGGUUUCUGUACAGCACUCUGUGACAUCAGCUGAUGUGAGAAGGGCUUUAUAAAUACAUUUGAUUGAUUGUACAACUGAAUGCAUUCAACUGAAAUGUGUCUUGGGAGCACUGAUUGGUGUCACCUCGUUAGUCAGUAUGUGUUACACCUGUGCUGGCUUGUCCAUCUCGUUAGUGGGAAGGUGUUUCACCUGAGCCGGUCCAGGUUCUAUUUAAGAGUGUCUGGCCCAGUGCUCCAGUUGUCUUGAUAGAUGUGGAGAGUCAACACCUGUAGUUGCUCCACCUUUUUGGUUUGCUUCCUGUCUUUAAGUUUGGUGUGGGUUUUUCAUUUGUUUUCCUCUUCUUGGGCAGAUUUAGUGGGUCUCAUGGUGGGUGUCUUUUAGGUCCCAGUUGUUGUUACUAGUCAACUUUCAUUGGACACCCCCAUAGUGUCUUUCAGAGCCCCUCCUAAAAAACAAGCUUAUAUUUUUGGAUUGGAUAUUUUAAUAUUUUAAUCAAUGGCAUUUCCUUAGGAUGCUCAUUAGUCUUUAAGUUGGUAUUAUUGUUUUUUAUCCUCUUAUGUUUGUGUUUCUAAAUAUUUCUGUUUAUUUUCUUAGUUUUUUUCUGUGAAGCCAUUGUGUUGCAUCCAUGUCUGACAUGUGCUUUAUAAAUAAAGCUUGAUUUAAAAA